AUGGGUGAGACCCAUCCAAGACCCCAUGCCAUUGUGUUUUCAUACCCUUUCCAAGGCCAUAUAACUCCAACCCUCAAUCUGGCUACAAAUCUUGCUUCAAGGGGCUUCACAAUCACCUAUGUCCAACUUGAAUUUGUCCAUCACACCAUAUCUAAAGCCCAUGACGGUGUUGAAGAUGUUGAUUUCUUCGUCCAGGCCCGGCGGUCAGGCCUUGACAUGCGUUACACGACUAUUUCCGAUGGUUUUCCACUUGAAUUUGACAGAAAUCUGAACUUCAACGAGCACUGGGAAGGCAUGGUUCGUGAUUUUCCUGAUCGUGUCGAUGAACUAGUCGGGAGCAUAACAAGGUCCGAUGCGUCGGCCGCGGCCUUUUUCCUGGUUGCCGACACUCUAUACACAUGGCCGGCUGCCAUUGCCAAGAAACACAACCUUGUGAAUGUUUCAUUGUGGACAGGAGCAGCCACCGUGUUUUCGAUAAACUCUCACUUGAAUCUUCUAAGAGAAAAUGGCCAUUUACCAUGUAGGGGCAAUGACGAGGAGCACAUAAGUUACAUACCUGGAGUUCAAUCUAUUCGUACCAAGGACCUGAUGCCGUAUAUCCAAGAUCCUGAUGUUGUACCUGUGCUGAUGAAGAUUGUGGUUAAGGCAUUCGAGCAGGUCAAGAACGCAGAUUUUAUCUUAUGUAACACAGUACAAGAACUAGAAGCAGAGUGCCUGUCAGCUCUCAAUCUUAAGCAGCCAACUUAUGCCAUCGGCCCGAUGAACUUUUUCUCGGACUUUACAAAGACAGUUGUCGAAAAAAGUCUAUGGCCUGAAUCAGAUUGCACCCAUUGGCUCAGCUCUAAGCCUCCUGCCUCAGUUUUGUACAUCUCAUUCGGCAGCAUUGUUCAGAUUAACAAGCAGGAGAUUGUGGAGAUAGCUCACGGGCUUCUCCAUAGUCAGGUUAACUUUAUAUGGAUCCUGAGAACUACUGAUGCUCUCCCUGCUGGAUUUCAGGAUGAUGUUAAAGAUGGAGGGCUCAUCGUCCCUUGGUGUAAUCAGAAUGCCGUCCUUUCCAGCCCUGCUGUUGGGGGAUUUUUGACACACUGUGGUUGGAACUCGGUCUUGGAGAGUAUAUGGAGUGGCGUACCCAUGAUUUGCUAUCCUCAUUACGUUGACCAGCCGACGAAUAGGAAGCUGGUGGUCGACGAUUGGAAGGUUGGGAUUGAUCUUUGCGAUGGAGGGCGAGUUACGAGCGAGGCAGUCGCUAGUAAGAUUAAUAUCUUGAUGAGGGGAAAAUCAUCAAUUGUUUUGAGGGAACAGAUCAAGAAAGUGAGCAAGAUAAUGAGGAACGCAUUCGAAACAGAUGGAUCGUCACAGAGAACGUUUGAUCAAUUUGUGGAUGAGUUGAGGGGCAGAUUGUAUGCAAGAAGGGAGGAUAUUGGAUCAAACCCGUAAUCGUAAGUAUUUUUCGUCUAAAUCAGAAGUCUUCUUGAGUUGGAAGUGGAGUUUGAUCUUCAAUGAUUUCAAGCUUCAAUUCAUCUUUCUGCAGUCAAUAAAUAUGGCUGCACGGCUUAGCUUUUUCUUCAGAGUUUUGAUCUGUAUAUAAACACUGAUUGUAAUAGAGAUCAUAUAUUUUCUCUGAAGUGGCCUCCACA